CUACGGAGCACGCAGCAAAAUGGUAGUGAGCUAAGCAACGAAGAAACGAAGCCGGAGAAGAGGGAUUAUCCCUUUACCAUCUCAUCCUUCCGUACACAAAUACGUACACGUACACGUACACUUCGUCAAGAGCAUGGAUCGGUACCAGAAGGUGGAGAAGCCAAAGGUGGAGACGCCGAUCGACGAGAAUGAAAUUCGGAUUACAAGCCAGGGCAGGAUGCGGAGCUACAUCACUUACGCCAUGACUCUGCUUCAGGAAAAGGGCUCAGAUGAAGUAGUAUUCAAGGCAAUGGGCAGAGCCAUCAAUAAAACUGUCACAAUUGUGGAGUUAAUCAAGAGGAGAAUUGUUGGUCUUCACCAAAUUACAUCAAUUCAGUCCACUGAUAUCACUGACACAUGGGAACCUCUGGAGGAAGGCCUCCAAAUUCUGGAAACGACAAGGAAAGUGUCAAUGGUCACUAUUACUCUCUCCAAAAAGGACUUGGACCUGAAUAAUGUUGGGUAUCAACCCCCCAUACCAGCUGACCAGGUGAAGGUGUCAACGGAGCUCGAAUAUGAAGGAGGAGAGGGGUCACCUAUGGGCCGUGGAAGAGGCAGAGGUGGUAGAGGGAGGGGACGGCCUAGAGGCGGUCCUGCUGGGAAUGGAUAUGCGCCUGCUGAGUUUGACGAUGGGGGCUAUGACCGGAGUCGUGGUUACCCCAGGGGCAGGGGGCGAGGGAGAGGCCGCAAUUUCCGUGGACGUGGCAGGGGAGGAUAUUAUCAGUCAGAUGCUCAGAAUGAUGCUGGUGGCCGUGGUGGCAGGGGAGGAUAUUAUCAGUCAGAUGCUCAGUAUGAGUCUGGUGGCCGUGGUGGCAGGGGCGGAUAUUAUCAGUCAGAUGCUCAGUAUGAGUCUGGUGGCCGUGGUGGCAGGGGAGGAUAUUAUCAGUCAGAUGCUCAGAAUGAUGCUGGUGGCUACAAUCAAGAUGCACCUCGCUACAACCAAGAUGCACCUCGAGGCCGUGGUCGUGGUAGGGGUUUCCGUGGCAGGGGUCGUGGAUUCAGACCUAACGGCCCUGCCAUCGCCGCCACUAGUUGAGUGCCAGAACUCGGUGUUUAUUGCGUGAGGACAAUACGUUGUUCAUCUCCCUUUCUAUGUAUUUCCGAGAUACUAUUUGCUAGAAUUAACAGUAGGAAGUCAUCUGUGUAAUGAUUCGUAGUAGAAAGACUAACUUGUGCCGCAUCUGCGUGGUGAGCCUUUUUGUUUUCUCAUUCACCUUAUAUACUUCCAUAGCUUUUUAGUUGCUUUGAUCAAGUGUGUGACUUGAUUGUUAUGAAGCACAUUCUUUAAUUUGUAUGCUUGGAUUGGAUAAGUUUGCUGGCUGAUUUAUUAUAAAUUGACUUCCUCUCUA